AUGCAAAUAACUACGAAUUAUGAUAGUGAGCCAUUCUCACUGAUAAAUACUAAGAGACAAAUAUUUAGUGGGGAUUAGGAUAUUAAGAUGUAGCAAUAUUUUCAAAGAAGCCGGUCGAUAGAGGAGAUUGAUUAGAUGAUUGACGAUUACGGAAAUAGUGCUAAGUACUGUUUACAUAAAAGCAAUAGGCCUUCGUCUUCUCAUUUGCGUAAGACGAAAAGCAAUUAUAAGCCUCCAACCAUAAGUAUUCAAAAUAUCAUAACAAAUAAAAGGGAAACUUUUAUUUUUGAGAAUCUGAAUUUGGAUUAAAAGGAGCCAGGUCCCGUUUGGAAGCAUGGGAGCUUGAAGAUCAUCAGAUUGGUUGCUAGAUUUAUAUAUUAACUGAAAACCAAAGCUGAAACAUUGAAGUUAAAAUUGAUGAAUCAUCACAUAUUUAAAUACAUAGAUGAUAAGGCAAGUGAUUUUAAUGAAUUCAAAUCUGGGAAGACCAUAGACGAUCAUUCCUUUAAGAAUAUAAUGUGCAGGAAUCUGAAGAAGAUGGAAGGAGCAUUUACAAUCCUUAGAGUUAUUUUGGAAUACUUAUUUAAUAAAAUAGGAGUUAUUUAUCCGGAGAGUACAUUCAAAAUUAUAUGGGAUUCGAUCGUCGUAUGUUUUAUAGUAAUCAACAUAUUCUUCAUCCCAAUGUCGUUGAGUUUUGAGUUGGAUAAGUCAAGUACUUUGGUUUGGCUGUUCUUCGAAACGAUUCCAAGUUACAUUUUCAUAGUUGAAAUAAUUCUCAACUUUAAUACUGCAUACUAUGGUCAUGGAGUAAUUCAUUCAACUAGAAAGGAGAUAUUUCAUCAUUACGUUUCUGAAAAUUUUUGGUGGGAUUUGAUGAUAUCCAUCCCCUAUGUACUCUCCUAAUUGGACAUCCCCUAUAUUCAAUUUGUAUUGCUAUUAAGAAUAACAAGAGUUAAGUCGAUGGUUUAAAAUGUGGAAGAUAUGUUGAAUGCCAAGGAAUCCGUUUAGGCAGCAGUGGAAUUAUCUAAACUCAUUUAUUUUAUUAUCUUCGUUGCACAUAUGUGUAGUUGUGCUUGGCAUCUAUUGGGUAAAAUCGAGGUUGAUGUUUACGGAGAUAAUAAUUCUUGCCUUGGGCACACUCGAUAUAUAGUCAGUAUCUAUUGGAGUGUGAUAACAACAUUGACAGUUGGUUAUGGUGAUAUUGUUCCUUAGACUUCCAUUGAAUAAUUGUUCGUAGUUAUUAUUGCUAUGAUUAUUUGUGGCGUAUUUGGUUAUUCCAUAUCAACAAUCGGAGAGAUCCUUAAGAAUUUGGAAGAGAAGAAAGGCCAAUUCAAGUAAUUGAUGAAAGAGGUCAAUUCUUACAUCAAGGAGAAGGAACUCAAUUUACAACUCUCCUUAAAAGUCAGAAAGUACUUUGAAUUCUACUAUCAAACCUAACAGUCGCAGAAACGCUCCUAUCAAACUCUACUCAAUAAUCUGAAUGAACAAUUGAAAUAGGAGAUUAUGAUUGAUCUUUACAAGAAGAUUCUCAUUCAAUCCAAAUUCAUAAAUGAUACCUUCAAUGAAACUCUGAUCAAUUAACUCUGUCAGAAGGUCUAGUAAGAAAACUUUGGACCUGGAGAUGACAUCAUUGAUCUUAAGAAUAAAAGCGAGAAAAAACUCAUCUUUAUCUUAAAUGGACAGAUACAACAUCUUGCUUCUCAAGGCAGAUUAUCUCAUACGUAUAAGAAAGGAGAUAUUAUUGGGGAAUUUGAAUUCAUCACUAAUAAUGAUUAUUCUCUUCAAUAUAGGGCUGUCAAAUUUACACAGGUUGCCUUCAUCAGCAGAUAAGAUUUAUUAGAGAUCAUCACUCAGGAUAAGGAACAUCUAUACAAAUUCCAAAAGCUCAUUGAUUCUCUCACAUACUCUCAGAAACUAGGAAGAACUUGCGAAAUCUGCAAGUGGACUCACUUAUAUUAGAAUUGUCCAUUUACAUUCUAUUAGCCAAAUAUUUGGAAAGUAGUUCGAUAAGCUUCUGCCUCUGUGAACAUCAAACGCUUCCCUUUCGAACGUAAGUCUCGUCAAAGAUACAAAGCGAUUUCAAACUCUUAGGUUACCAUCGCUACAAUCCUGGAUUUCAUGUUGAUCCAUAAUUUUAUACAAGAAGAGUAAACUUAUUGCCUUAAGUUAAGUCUCCUCUGUAGUAAGACCUUAUAAAGAUUGGGUUUCAAUAACAACCACAGAAUUAGUUAGAAAGAGAUUCACGAAAUUAGUUCAGGCUCCUCCAAUACUUCAAGUAGCAGUGAAUCACAAUCUGACGAUGUUAAUAACAAUACGUCCGUGAAAAAUAAGAGAACCUCCCAAGAGUCGCAAAAUGACAAACCCGAUAAAUUUGAGCGUCUUAGAACCACUGUAAAUAUGAAGGAUAGUGCUCACAAUAAUCUACUCAAACCAAUUUUAUAGAAAAUGAAUUCCAUCGGUUAAUAACAACAUGAAGAUUAGGCCAAUUAAAAUUCAGCUCCUAACAUCAAAUUGUUUCCUUUCUUUUACAAAAAAAAGUCUUCCAUUUCCAACAUCAAAGUAAUGUCUAAGGUGGAAAUACCUGUUGGAGCCAAUGAAGUUGAAACCAAUAAGGAUACCUUAAGAUUAUAUUAAAUUAAAAAGGGACCUCAAAAUUGCGAUGAGAUGGAUCUUAUGAUGCAAGAAGAUAAUGACUUUUAUCCGGAAUUCAAUGUAUUUAAAGUUAUUGAGAUCUAUAACAAAUAGAGAAUAAGAAAUUUGAGUUUUAGAAAAAAACGAUAAUUUCAUGAAAAAUUAAAAUCAAUUAGGUUAUAAAAACAAUUUAAUCUAAAAAUACUAUCGCCUCGUUCAUCCUAACAAAUUAUUUGA